UUCAUGUGAAGGUGAUAGACGAUGAGGAGUAUGAGAAAAACAAGAACUUCUUCCUGGAGCUGGCCGAGCCUCGCAUGGUAGACCUGAGCCUGCAGAAAGAUGUUCCAAAGUUGUUGUCAGAGGAAGAGGAAGCUAAGCGGAUUGCAGAGAUGGGGAAACCAGUCCUGGGGGAACACUCCAAAAUGGAGGUCAUCAUCGAGGAGUCCUAUGAGUUCAAGAACACGGUGGACAAGCUGAUUAAGAAGACCAACCUGGCUCUGGUGGUGGGUACCAACUCCUGGAGAGAACAGUUCCUGGAGGCCAUCACAGUCAGUGCAGGAGAUGAGGAUGAGGAGGACUCUGGUGAAGAGCGUCUCCCUUCUUGUUUUGACUAUGUCAUGCACUUCCUCACCGUCUUCUGGAAGGUCCUGUUCGCCUGUGUUCCUCCCACGGACUACCUGAACGGCUGGGCCUGCUUCUUCAUCUCCAUCAUCAUCAUCGGCAUGCUGACCGCCGUGAUAGGAGAUCUGGCGUCUCACUUCGGCUGCACCAUCGGGUUGAAGGAUUCCGUCACCGCCGUGGUGUUCGUGGCACUGGGUACAUCUGUCCCUGACACGUUUGCCAGUAAGGUAGCAGCGGUGCAGGACACGUAUGCAGACGCCUCCAUCGGUAACGUGACGGGCAGCAACGCGGUCAACGUGUUCCUGGGCAUCGGGGUGGCGUGGUCGAUAGCCGCCAUCUACUGGCACAUGCAGGGCAAGCAGUUUGUGGUGGAGGCUGGCUCCCUGGCCUUCUCCGUCACCCUCUACACCAUCUUCGCCUUCCUGGGGGUCUCCGUGCUGCUGUACCGCCGACGGGCCCACAUCGGGGGGGAGCUGGGCGGGCCGCGCGGCCAUAGACUGGCCACCUCAGCCUUCUUCUUCAGUCUCUGGUUCCUCUACAUCCUCUUCUCCAGCAUGGAGGCCUACUGUCAUAUAGAGGGCUUCUAGAACCUCCUGGGACACUUCUAGAACACUUCUGGAACACUUCUGGGACACUUCUGGAGCACUUCUGGGACACUUCUAGAACACUUCUGGAACACUUCUAGAACACUUCUGGAGCCUCCUUACAGGAGGUUCAAAGUAUAACUUUAAGGAGAGUAAAAGUAGGAUUCUCAGUGUGGAAUAAUGGAAUGAUGGAAUAAUGGAAUGGUGGAAUAAUGGAAUAAUGGAAUGAUGGAAUGAAGGGAUGAGAGGAGGAGAACAAAAUGAGGUGAAGGGGGUUGGUGGUGGCCCUCUCUCCUCCACCCCUCCUCAACCCCCCUCUAAGGACCCCCAGACAUGAUCAGUCCAUGUCCUCUGAAGGAGCUGUCUGUUAAGGCAGGGAGAGCCAGUCUGCUACCCCCAUGGGUGUGCUUACAGCUGGGGUUGGUGUACCUCCGUACCGCGGUAAGAACACCAGAGGGUGUCUCAUCUGGUCUGGUCUGGUCUCAUCUGGUCUGGUCUGGUCUCAUCUGGUCUGGUCUGGUCUCAUCUGGUCUGGUCUGGUCUCUAUUCUACUAGAAGAGACAACAACUAGUCUUAAGCUGGAGAGAUCUGAGCUAUCAGAAGAAGUCUAUAUUUUUCUCAACACCUUGAUGAGAACGACUUUUUCUAAACUAAGUAUUUUGGGGGAUAAAAACACAAUUUCUUUUUUUUUUUUUUACAAGAAAGAGGAAAUCAAAGAUAAUAUUUUCUGAUCUUACAUUAUGAUAUAAUUAAUGGAAAAUAUGUUGUUGAUGAUGAGUGAAUGGACUCAUGGUAUUUAUUAGUAUUUUAUUUGCUUAGUUUCUUAUUAAAGGAAUGAACGCAGCAGCAGAGUUGUCAGAGUCAAUAGGAGGAAAUUUAGAGAACAAGUUAACUACAGACAGGAGGAGAAGUGGAAGGAGGAGAGGAAAACAUAGAAGGACAACAUUAUCAAAGUGCCCUGAACAUUACUUCAGUUACAUCUGUCUAUAUAUCGUAUAUUUCCAUAUUUUCUGUAUAUUUUGAAUAUUUGUAUCAAUGUGGUCACAUUCAGCUCCUUCUAGGACC